AUGGGGUCGUCACCAGAGAUGGAGAGGUUUGGUUUGUCUGAUGUGGAAUAUUCGUUCAUGAUGGAUCCUUUAAAACGACGUCACAACCAAUCAAAGAAGCAAACAAUAUACGGGAUUUUCGCCUCAGAUGAUUCUGAUUCAGAGCCUGAAAGAAGUGGCUUCGGUGGACGUGAAGCUGGUUUCAAGCGUAAGGGUGCCAAUUAUUCAGCACCGAUCACCUUUGUCAGUGGUGGAGUGAAGGCAGGUGCCGGUGCUUCGUCUGGUCCGAAAGAAAAUAACGAAGAAGUCGACCAGAUUUCGGAUGAUGAAGACGACAAAUCUGUCCUAAGGAGUUUGCGUCCUUGUCAUGAUUCAGACUCUGACUCACCAAAUUCAGAUAUUUAUCGUAAACCUGACAAGCCUGUGAGCAUAUCCGUUGGGGCCAGUCGACGUGUAGCAGCAGCCGCUGCAGCGGCGAAGUCUGCGACCUCUGGUUUCGGUGCUUGGGAAAGGCACACAAAGGGUAUUGGAAUGAAACUUUUAGAGCAGAUGGGUUACGAACCGGGCAAGGGUCUUGGUUCUGACGGUCGGGGUAUUGUUACUCCAGUUCAAGCUGUCCAACGAGUGGGGAAAGUAUCAGUAGGGUACUAUGGAUCUGAAAAAGCUCCCGCCCCUCGUCGAGGAAAUGAGACUGUCGUUGAAGGUUCAGACUCUGGUAAGUUAUUUUUGAUCUAUAAGUAA